GCAUCACCACCCACCAUGUCGCAAUACAUAGGCAAAACACGACUGGCAUACUCCCGCUCCUGGCACCUCCUCGACGUCGGCGCCGAUCCCCGCCCUCUCGGCCGACUAGCCUCACAAAUCGCAAUAUGCCUCAUGGGCAAGCACAAACCGAUCUACGACCCUUCAUCAGACUGCGGCGACUACGUCGUGGCAGUAGGAUGCCAUGACUUACACACGACGGGAAAGAAGCGGUUUCAAAAGAAGUACUACUCCCAUACGACACGGCCGGGUAGUUUGAAGGAGAUCACGAUGGACAAGAUGAUGGCGAAGUGGGGAGGCGGAGAGGUAUUGCGGAGAGCGGUGCGAGGCAUGCUGCCGAAGAAUCGAUUACGAGAUGAGAGGAUGGCAAGGUUGAAGUGUUUCGAGGGAUUGGUACAUCCAUACAAGCAGAAUUUGCUUCAGACGCCGACAACGAAUAUAGCACAAUUACCGGAAGUGCAGGCGACAUUGCAGGGGCAAAAGACUUUCGACAGCUCGUCAAGUUCACCGCCAGCGCAAUGAUGGGUUGAGGAAGCGAUUGAAUGUACCAAGGAAUGAUCCUCAGUCUGCGCGAAAGCAUGGCGUUAUGGGAGAAAUGUUGUACAGGAACGAGCAGGCAUCGACGAGACGGGCAGAGCAUUGUAAUGAGUCUUUGCAUUGGGUAUCGUGAUCUCGAUUCGAGAUUUGGUAUUCUAUCGGAGCGUAUCGAACUCCAGACGCCUCUGGGACAUGAAGGCUCAGGGACU